CUAAGAUCUUCAUUAGAAUUACAAUCAAUAUAAUAAAUGAUGACUCCCGUGACUGAUCAAGAAAGGAAAAUAAUUAUUGAAUUCUGCCACUUGCUAGAAAAGUCAAAGCAAUUGUUCAAUGGCCUAAGGGAACUGCCACCGCACGGACAUAAGCAAUGGCACGUCCACUUUGGCCGUACUUUCGACAUUUACUCUAAACUGUGGAAGUAUCAACAACAACAUCGUCUGCUGCUCGACACUCGUUAUGGAUUAAAAAGAUGGCAGAUCGGAGAAAUUGCGUCGAAGAUAGGGCAGCUUUAUUACCAUUAUUACUUACGUACCAGUGACACGGCUUACUUAGUGGAAUCGUAUUCCUUCUAUUCCGCUAUAAGAGGAAGGCAUUACUAUCAUUUAGCCAGCAAAGAGCUAAGAUGUGAGCUGAUGGUCAAAAAACUUCGGUACUACGCCAGAUUCAUUGUGGUUGCUAUACUUUUACAACAACCUGUUAUUAUCGAUGAAUUGGUGGCUGAACUGGACAAACAAGUGGUUGCGUAUGGUCAUGUAUACGAUCCGACGGACCAAGUGGAGUGGUUUAACGUUUUGGCCGAGGUUAAAGCGUUCUUGGUUGCCGAACCCGGAGUAACUGUCAUUGACCCUAUCGAUAGAAACAGAGUGGUGACCAUUGGUGGACGAAUUAAUUACCUAUCUGUGCCACAAUUGGAACGGACUGCACAAAUGUAUUUGACUCUUCAAGAUGCGAUAAUAAUAGGUAGUGGUACACAACUGGUGAAAUUCUCCGAACUCACGAUAGAUAUGUUCAGGAUGGUGCAAAAUUUAGAAUGGGAAGUUCACGUGCCACCCAGAAAUUCAUCCGGUGGGUCACCUAAGGAUAAACAGAGGUGUGAUAUCACAACUGCAUGUGAACCACUCAAGAACGCGUCUCGAGGAAUUAUCGACGAAGAUGAGGGAAGGCACAUCAAUCCACACAAGUUUCUUCUCUUUAAACCAUCUGCAAAUCAAGUAUUAAUUUAUUUGGCAAGCAGUUGCAAUGAUCUACCACCAAAUAGUGCUUUACUUGUUUAUAUAUCCGCCAAUGGGCACUCUUUUCCACAGAAUAAGCACGUAGAAGACUAUGGUUAUGACGUCGGUGGUGUUAUAACGACAUCAAAGUCGGACAUUUAUAGAGAAUACAAUAGGGAAGGCAAAGGCUCUGUGCCCAAAAGCAAAGAAGCGCAAAUCCUGUACCCUGGAGACUUGCACCCGUUUACAAGGAAGCCGCUUUUUAUUAUUGUUGAUUCUGACAAUUCCUAUGCUUUUCAACACAUUCCUAGAAUUUUCGGUCAACCUCUAAUUAUUUUGAUGUCGCCUCUAUCGGUUCCAUCCACCCUCGUUGAUAGGAAAAACCAAGGGAGCAUCUUUACUCUUUUUUUACACAACCCAAUAGCCGGCUUGUGUAAUGCCUGUGACGUUUAUACUAUCGACAUAACCACUUGGCAACGAUGCGUCUCUCUACGCGAUACGUUCAUGAAUGAGGCCACGAAACUACUUUUGAGAUUACGAAUAGAUCCAAUAUUCUACGCAUUUUUGGGCGACAUACAUUUGAGGCUGAUUCUUCUUCGGUAUAUCUUCUGCGAGUGUGCUCUGCGAAUGCACAGGAAUUUCAAAUCGAGAACCAACUUGCCGCGCUCUGUACCUUCCUUGCCUGAAGAACUAUUCAUGCAGGAGGUCUUGGUGGCGAAAGUCCUGAAUAUGACACAGCUGAUUGGGAUCGAGACUUGCUUUUUUGACCCCCUAGCAGCGGGGCCCUCUACCAUGGACUAAUGGCUCGAAAAGCGGCCUAACCACGGAAAUGUAAAUAAAUCAAAUAACUAGACUACGAGCAGUGUGACUAGUUGCAAGAAAUGUGAAAAACGUAUAGAGAUCAGAACACUGAAUAUUCUUUUAAGUGAACUAUGUUUGUGUUGCAUAGUGUAUCAAGACUCGAACAGCGGCAUCAAACCUUGGAUUGACAUGACAAAGGAAAAAUGAAGACAAAGGCACUGAAGACAAAUGCCUAACCACGGAAAUAUAAUUGAAUCAAAUAACUAAACUACGAGCAGUGUGACUAGCUGCAAGAAAUGUGAAAAACGUAUAGAGAUCAGAACACUGAAUAUUAUUUUAAGUGAACUAUUUUGGUGUUACAUAGUGUAUCAAGGCUCGAACAGCGGCAACAAACCUUGCAUUUUACAUGACAAAGUAAAAAUUAAGACACCUUAGCGCACUACUAGUCGAUGACCGUGGUCACAAAAGCUACUGAUUGCCUGCGGCCACAUUUUGCGUCCGUGAUCAUGACGACUGGUCGUCAAGCCAUUAUCUUGCUGCUGCAGUUGUUGUUCAGCCUACGCUAUACUGGCUGACCGGUCGGCACAGAACUAGUGUGCAAGCGCUCUUAAGCUUAGAACUCAUCUUACAACGCGAACACCUCCAGUAUCCUUUCUAUGAAACUUCAUACACGAUACGUAACGCUACGGCGCUGCAUACAUUACCUAGCAACUAGAAGCUAUGUGUCUUCGCCGAUAGAUGAGUUUUGAGUACGUAACUUGGUUGCAAUUAGUUGUACCGGCCCGGUCUGUGGCCAAUUGAUCGGUGUCUACUUAACAUAUAUAAAUACUUGCGAUUAAAUACUAUUUCAUACAUACGAUACCAUCAAAGCUUGUAAUAAAACUCUACAAUGUGUACUUUUAGAAGUCUUUUUGGUCUUGGAUGUGAGUGUACAGACCAGCGUUUAAUUGUAAACAUUCGAAGGUUAGCUUUAGCAUUUUCUGAUUACGAUUACACCUAUGCGUAUAUUGUCUAUGUCUAACAUCUUACCACUACAUCCAAAGCCUAACAGACUUCCCGAAAAAAACAGUUUAUAAAAUAUUAAAUUUAUUAUUCUCUAUUUAUUAUACUUAUAAGUUUAUAUACUUAAUGUUUUACUUAUUAAAAAAAUACCCUUAUACUUAUAAAAUAAUUUCUACUUUCCUAUAAUUUCGUUUGCGUUUAAGUACCUAUAGUUUGUUUUUAUACAUAUAAUUUGAUAUUAAGGAGCGAUAUAUUAUAGUUCUAUAAAUAUACAUACUAUAAGAGAUUCAAAUAUAUAGGUAAGUACUCAUUUUCAUGCGCGCUUGCUCUAAACUUUUGAAUGUGAGAUUAUUAUAAACAUAUAUCUUUUAUUUAUUACAUGGAAAUCUACUUGUUUGAGUACCUAUCUAUAUUUCGAAUAUUCGAUAUUUUUUUAUAUUCGAAUUCGGUUUAAACAUUUCGAAUAUUCGUACUUUAAUGAAGAAUACGUAUAUUUUAUGAAUGUAUAAACUUAUAAAGUCGUUGCAAUCGAUGUAAAACAUUUUAUAAUUGUUGGGAGCUACAAAGUCUAUAAUGAUUAAAUACUGCUCAAUGAAAUGAUGGUUGAAGAGCUACGCUUUUCAACGGAUUACGUAUUACUGAAAGUUCAGUUGAUUGUUAAGAUAAAAUAUAUUUAAGUCAAAAUGUUUUACAUGAACGACUAUUUUAAAACAAUACAUUGUUAUAAUUCAAUAGGUAUCAAUCAACAAUAAAUUGCAUUUCACGAGUUAUACUUAAUACGAUGUAUUAUAAUUUAAACGUUAUCUUUAUUUAUUAAACGGUAAAUUUUGUUUUGAUUAUGUUAUAUUUAUGUACCUACGUAUUAUAAUUACAUUGUUUUUAUUGUGAAUGAGAGAUUAUAGCUUAGUAGUACUUAAUAUUUAAUCAAAGUAAGAAGAGUGAAAGUGAGUGGAACCAAAUAUGGUUAAGGGUUUAUUUUCUCUUCCAACUUGUUUGCCUUGUCGAAAAAUGACGAAAUAAUGAAUACAUAAUAUAAACUCUCCCGAACCUGGCAUCCUUACCUAUUUAUAUUAAAACUUCGAUAUUAUUUUUUUUUUUUUUUCAAUUAAUUAUAAUUUUAAUUACAAGCAAUUUGAUUGCAAGUAAUGUUCCUUAAUUCCAUAGUUCAAAAGUAAUUCCAAUUAAAUAAACGACAAAUAACUUUGUACAAAGCAUACCUCGGUGAAAAGUUGGUAGCACUUUCUGACUUUGAGCAGCUGUGCAAUCAACACAACCGGUUUAUUUUUUUAGCUUUUUCAAGCUAAAUAUAUUUUUGUAAAGAUGUGUGACACGAUUUAAACAGUGGAGACCCGAUUUUCCGUAACGCAUCGUUUAUACGGAUUCGUGAUUAUCCGGAUCGAAACAUAUUUAAUAUCUAAAUAUGACGUAGUGGCAUAAAUAAGAACGGUGCCCCAUUAGCGUGGUGCUUUACGUUGCGGCCGACAAGGCGCGUGCGUCGUCAUCCUGCAAUACGACAACCUGCGUCAUAGCAACGCAGAUGUGGUAUACAAUGCUUUGAUCCGUAGCGACGGCGCAACGCAAAGCACUAUCUCUCUAUCGAUAGCGAUCGGAACGUGACGGUGACGGUUGCACGAUGAACUAUCAAGUUGCCUUCGCACCCGACGGGAAUACAACACAGCGCAACGUUUCGUGACCUCUAUGCCGAGGAGAAGUCCUUAGAGUCGUUCCGCCCAUCUACUCUGCUUCUGCCUUCGGGCCCCAUCAGGCGAUGAUUCAGCGCUCGCUCAAACCCCCCGGUGGCGCUGCUGAGGUCUUAAGGAGAGCCUACGACACUUACAAUCCGUAAAAAAACGCGUCGUGACGUAAACAGCGCGCAGGUUCAUACCACAAUUUGUUUUCUAUGAAUUUUUAUUUUAACAACCGGAUUGCGGGACGCGUAUUUCUCUCGCCUGGUGUGAUGUCAAAGAGUUUUAUUGGAAAAAUAUACGUACGUGAAAAUUGGAAAGUUAUCAAUAUUAAAAAAAAAAUCUAGUAGGUACAUAAUCACCCCGAGUACUGCGUGUCCGCCACCUCGACGUUAUCGGGAUCAUCAUGUCGCCAUCCUGUCCAUUGUGUGCCCAAACUUUGUUACAACUAGGGUUGCCAACCGUAUUAUAAUAUAUAGUAUUGUACUAUAUUUGGGAUCUGCGUACUUUAUACUGUUGAAGAAAUAUAUAGUACGCAAAAAUACUAUAUUUUCAACUCUGAGAAACAAAAUUUUAAUUUUAAAUCUUUAUGAAAAUUAGUUUUCGACAGAUGCGUUUAAUAGCGUCUACCCUAUCCGAACUUGUCUAUCUUACUGAGUUUCAAACAUUAAACAAACAAAUUAAAAAAAAUAGCAUUUGGUUUUCAAAAAUUUCAAAAUCAGAUGUGAAAAAGCAUAUGACACUAUUAUUUCAAACAAAUUAAUCUUUAGAAAUGCAACAACAGUAAAAAAAUAUUGUUUUUUUUUUAAAUAAAUGUUGAUUUUUUGCUUACUCCUUAGAAUACUAUACCUAUUUUAUUAAAGCGUACUAUAUUUUUUUAUAACUAAAUCUGUUAAAUACUGUAUUUUUCUGAAAAAAUGUUGGCAACCCUAGCUACAACCUCAAUACACUACUCGCGAAGUUGAUCAGAAUUGAUCGAUUACGAUAGUGUAGGCACAAACUUAGCUUCGCUUUGUGCAACGUCGCCUGGCAUCGCUCAUCUUCCGAUCGUUAUUGGUUAUUGUGCCGAAUCAAAGGACCGCAAGCGAUCCGAGCUUCGCAAAUGAAGCACCUCGCUACACUACUAUGUACUCACUUCCAGGACUUCAUCGAAGCAUAGAAGCGUCACGCUAACAUACAUUCGAUUAUCCGGAUUUUCGUUUUCCGAAAGCCUUAUGCGAAUGAGUCAGGUUAAACGGAUCUCCACUGUAGUAUAUUUUUGUAUGAAUUGAGAGAAUGCCUAAGAAUACCUAUUCUUGUGUAGCAGCUACAGUACUGCUUCUAUAUAUUUUGCAACAUAUCUGGCGUAAUGUGAGCUGCCGACUAUUAGCGUUCUACGAUUUACUGCUAAUCUUUAAUUAUAAUAUAUCUAUUGAACAAUUUGUUCACAUCAUCAGACAAAUCAAUGAACGCUCUGCCCAAAGGCUGAAAGGUGGUUUUUUUUCUAAAAAUUUAAAUCGAUAAAACUACACUUUAAUAAAUAGGGCAAUAACUCAAUUUAGGAAUUGUAAUUACGAGCAAGUAAUUAAGUCAAAAUAUUUCAAUGCUGCUAGUCACACGAAAAAUUAAAAAAAAAUUAAAAACAAAAAAAAAAAAAAACUUACAGGCACAAUUUUCCGCCCACUUUAAUGACUUGCGUCAUAUUAAAGUGGGUGGGUAAUGUGCCUCUGAGUAUAUACAUAUAACCAUUGAACUUUUGCGUCCUAAAUUAGUGCCCUAUUUAUUAGAUAACACCUUGCAGUCUCGUCGCUUAGUGUAUUGGCAGCCUAGUGUGAUGAAUAAAUUAUUAUAUCUAUGUGUACGUAACGACACACUUGGGCACACUGAGCCUGCGUUAUAUAUCGCAUAUGGCCUGUGUAGAGUCGGUGGCUGACAGAAAUCAGAUAUGGACGCUCCUAAAUAACUAAGGUUCCUCGCACACGCGCAAUCAAUGAUUUUAUACUAUUUUGGAGAACGAAAUAGUAAACUAUUUUAUAUUAUAUUUCUCAGCUUCACUCGACCCGAUUUUAUGGUAACAUAUUGUAUCCUAUGCUACAUACAGCCUAUGACACAGUUUUUUAAAGAUAAUAGGAAAUUUUCAAAGCAACAUGGCAACCCAAACGUACCGCGAUUUAGUGUUCCGGUACGAUGCCGUGUAGAAACUGAAAGGUGUGUGGAUUUUCAUCCUCCUCCGAACAAGUUAGCCCGCUUCCACCCUAGAUUCCAUCAUCAUUUACCAUCAGGUGAGAAUGUAGUCAAGGGCUAACUUGUAAAGAAUAAAAAAUAAAAUAAAAAUAACACGUAUCAACAAUACGAUGGGUGUUUUGAGGCAAGGCUGGAUUGUAAAGAAAAACAAAUUAAUUAUUUAGAUCCUUCUAUUCCAUUUACUAUUGAUUGUCUUACAAAAAUAUUUGAGAAUAUUGAAAUAAUUAUAAAAAAUCCAGAUUUAAUAAAAACUUCAAAAUUAAAUUCAUUUUAACCUUGAAAACACUUCUACAAUAUGUUAACUUAAAUCGAGUCGAGUGAGCUGAUCAUAUAAUUAUGAUCGAACGAUCGAUCGAGUUCGUUUGAUCUUUAAGUAUAAAAUCAUUUAUACUUAAUAUUGUCAAUGAAGUAGGCUUAAGUUACAUAAAGUGUUACACCCUAAGAAAAUAAUACUGUAAUGAUAUAUUACAACUAAAAGUAUAGUACGAAGUUUAAUCGUUAGAUACUUUCUUGACAAUAUUAAUAUAGCGUAUAGUUAUAAAAUAGUGUCUCGCUCGCUGUGUAGAGAUUCCUAUUUUAUAUCGAUGAUAUACGCUUGUACGCUUGUGCGGCUAUUUCUUUUCAAAAUAUUCAUUAAAUAGAUAAUUUUAAUAAAUCAAUGUUAUAGAAAUAUGAGUGUGAAGAAAAAAUGUGUGUAUCAUCUCACCCAUGAUAUUGGAGUUUAUUCCUUCAGGACUAUCGGAAUUAUAUAAUUUUAUAUAUUUAUUAUUUAUAAAUGUAUAAAAUAAUAUAUAUUAUGUAAAUCAUAAUUGUGUCUAAAGGAAUAAACUUCAAUAUUUUUCAUUUAUAUUUAAAAUUUCAAAUAUUUAUAUUUAUAAGUCGCAUACAGCGCCGAUUCAAAUUUAAUGACGUCUCGGAACAUCGUGCGGUAUGAUCCGCAAUCCAAAUCGUUAUGGAUGAGCCACAACACAGAGCUGUCUCUCUCCCACCCGCAGUCGCCACGCGCGUCAUGAGUUUUGUGUAUUUUAUGAAAUACACGCGCUGUGUUACUCGCGGCUAACUUCCGACACGUCAUAAAGUUUAAAUCAGGUUGCCCUUACUUACUAAUGCUUAAACCAAUGUCUUACAAAUUAAUUAUUAUAAAUAAACCCUACUUAUAUUAUUAAUUAUUAAAAAUAAAUGGCAUUUAUCGAAA